AUUCACCUAGCCUAUCAAAAAGCUUGGAUGCAGUUGCUUCUUGUAAAAGAGCAAGGGAACUUAUAAAAGAUCACUGGGAACAACUUACAGCAAAAACUGAACAAAUGAAAAAUAAGAUUUGUGAACUAAAAAAGGAAAUAUCAAAAGCAAAAGAAAUAAAAUCACAGUUAGAGAAUAAAAAAAUUAGACAGGAACAAGAGCUCUGCAGUGUGAGAUUGACUUUAAACCAAGAAGAAGAGAAGAGAAGAAAUGAAAAAAAUAGGAAAGAAUUAGGAAGAAUUGAAGAGCAACAUAGGAAAGAGUUAGAAGUGAAACAAGAACUUGAACACGCUCUCAGAAUACAAGAUAUGGAAGUGAAGAGUGUAAGAAGUAAUUUGAAUCAGGUUUCUCACGCUCAUGGAAAUGAAAAUAAUCUCCUACAUGACAAUUGCAUGUUGAGAAAUGAAAUUGCCAUGCAACAACUGGAAAUAGACAAACUAACACACCAACGCCAGGAGAAGGAAAAUAAAUACUUUAAGGACCUUAAGAUUUUAAAAGAAAAGAAUGCUGAACUUCAAAUGACUCUAAAACAAGAGGAAACAUUAACAAAAAGGGCAUCUCAAUAUAGUGGGCAGCUUAAAGUUCUGAUGGCUGAGAACACAGAGCUCACUUCUAAAUUGAAGGAAAAACAAGACAAAGAAAUACGGGAUAGAGAAAUUGAAUCAUACCAUCCUAUACUGGCUUCUGCUGUACAAGACCAUGAUCAAAUUGUGACACCAAGAAAAAGCCAAGGACUUGCUUUCCACAUUGCAGGAGAUGCUUGUUUGCAAGGCAAAAUUAAUGUUGAUGUGAAUAAUACAAUAUAUAACAAUGAGGUGCUCCAUCAACCACUUUCUGAAGCUCAAAGGGAAUCCAAAAGCCUAAAAAUUAAUCUCAAUUAUGCAGGAGAUGCUCUGAGGGAAAAUUCAUUGGUUUCAGAACAUGCACAAAGAGAGCGAGAUGAAACACAGUAUCAGAUGAAGAAAGCUGAACACGUGUAUGAAAAUGAACAAGAUAAUGUGAACAUACACAAUGAACAGCAGGAGUCUCUGGAGCAGACAUUAUUUCAACUACAAAGCAAAAAUAUGUGGCUUCGACAGCAAUUAGUUCAUGCACGUAACAAAGCUGAUAACAAAAGCAAGAUAACAAUUAAUAUUCAGCUUCCUAAGAGGAAAAUGCAACAUCAUCUCCUAAAAGAGAAAAAUGAGGAGCUAUUUAAUUACAAUAGGCAUUUAAAAGACUGUAUAUAUAUAUAUAUAUGA